CCAAAUCUGCAUUACAUAACACUUUGUGUCCUAUUGGUUGACCUUCCAGACAAUGCAAUCAAGCCCCUGAAAUGAUACAGAACGCAGCAUCACAUCUGGGGCCUCAUCUAUGAAACGUGUGUACACACAUAUUUGAUCGUAAAGCUUACACACGCAAAAAUCCACGGCAGUGUUCAUAUUUAUAAAAACGGUCUUUGCCGUGGAAAAGUGUUUGGUACCAGGUCAGGGUCUGAGCAGACGAACACACUUUUGCUUCUCUGAGUGCUUCAGUUCUUUGGAAAUAUAAGUCAUUCUUACCGCUCGUGAUGGAUUUGGAAGUUGACAGGUGCUCUUACAUAUAUCAAUGACAUUAAUUAGACGAUUAGAAGGAAGAGAUCUGAAACUGUUCAGCUGCGCGCAAUUUCACGAUUGUUUGCUAUUUAUAUAUUUCAGAUCUGACGGAAAGGCGUACACGUGUCCUAUGAAUCACACGUAUGCACUUUAAGAAAUGAUCGUAAAAUCUAAUUUAGGAGGUUUUCACGCAACAUUUUAUAAUGCCCAUGGUCCAUGGUUAUCAAUCAAAUAAAAAGAGCCCACGACACACUUAGCCUUCAGGACAUUGACUGAAACUUCACCUUAAUUCACUCUUACAGGUACAUACCCCCUCCCUCACGCCAUCUACACUGUUGCUUUGGAUAAGACGCUGCUAAAUUAAUCAAUGUAAAUAUAUCUUGUUUUAGGUAAAUUGUUGCCCGAGGGCCUGUCACCAGAGGAGGGGUGCAUGAGCUCACCAGCUAUAAAAUGUGUGAGCUUCACCACCUUCUAUCACAUCACCUACAGCCUAACAGACACCAGUUGCCCUCAACAGAAAUAAUUUCUGCUCGCUGUGACCUCGCUGCUUAAAGUCAUGUCUCAGAUUAGAAGCUCUUCUGGGGGGUCCUUCAGUAACCGCUCUCAGGUGUCCAGGAGUUUCUCUAGCUCUGGAGGUGGAGGAUAUGGAUUUGGAGGAGGAAAUAAUCAGGCUUACGGUCAGUCUCUGAUGGCCGGAAGUCUGCACAGCAGUGCGGGGAUAGGUGUAGGGUCUGGGUUUGGUUUAGGGCCUGGUGUAGGGUUUGGCGUUGGGUCUGGGUUUGGGAUGGGGACCGGGAGUGGAAGGUCUGUCUCGUCUGGUUUGAGAAUGGUUGGAGGCUCUAUAUCGGCUGGUGGAGGAUCUCUCUCAGCUGGUUUGAAGAUGGGUGGUGGAGGUGCCUACAUGCAGAACAUGGCAUACAUCGUCAAUGACAAACAGCAGCUGCAGGUUCUGAACGAUCGUCUCGCCACUUACCUGGAGAAGGUGAAACGUCUGGAGAUCACCAACCGCGAGCUUAAUGAAAAACUCAGAUCGUUCACCGUCAACAGAGUUCAAACCACUCACGACCUGGAGCCAUAUCAAAUGCAGCUGAGACCUCUGCGUGAAAAGAUUCUGAUUCUUAUUCAAGAAAACACAGAACUUACUUUAGCCAUAGACAAUGCCAAACUGGCUGCAGAGGAUUUCCGAUUGAAGUAUGAGACAGAGUUUGGCAUCUGUCAGUCUGUGGAGGGGGAUAUAGCAAAUCUAAAAGCUCUGAAGAACGAGUACAAUGCCACGAGCGAGGUGCUACUGCAUGAGGUCAACACAUUUGAAGUUGAACUCAGAAACAUCAAAGACGCACAACAGCAGGAGAUGAUCGGCCUGCGAGGGCAGAUUGCAGGUACAGUGACUGUGGAUGUGCAGAACGUUGAAAGUGCAGACCUGUCACGUGUGCUGGCCGAGAUCCGUGCCGAGUACGAGACAGUCAUCGAGAAGAACCGCAGAGAAGCGGAACACUGGUACACCAAACAGGUGGAGAAGAAAAGUGCAGAGUUUGCGAUCGUCACGGAGACGACGGUCACUGGUGGUACUGAGAUCACAGAGAACCGCAAACAGUCGAUGACGCUGCACACGCAGCUGGACGCCGCAUUCGUAGAGAAAUCUAACCUGGAGCAGCGUCUGCUGGAGGUUCAGUCUCAAUAUCAGUCCCAGUUGUACAGAUUGAGUCAGCUGGCUGGGAGUCUGGAGGGGGAGCUCAUGUCCGUCCGUGAGAGUGCCUUACAGCAGAGUCGAGACUAUCAGCUGCUCCUGAGCACCAAAGUUCAGCUGGAGAGAGAGAUCAACACUUACAAAGCUCUGCUAGAGGGCGCCGGAGAGGUCACUGUGCUCACGACCAGACCAAAGACUCUGGAGGCUGAGGAAACUGUCGCAGUGGUUGAUUCCAGUGUUGACAUUUCCCACAGUGUUGAUGUUUCCGCCAGCGUUUUAACUGAAUCGGUGAUGGAAGGCAGUGUUGAUGUUACCGUUCUCCCUUGAAGAGGUCUCUUCUCUGGUUAAAUGCUCUUCGGGGUCUGGGUGAUGUCAUCGGUGUGAUCAGAACUUUACCAAUCAUCUGUCAGUCAACACCGUUUUGUGUUGCACAAAUGUGUCUCAAACAUAAAUAAAGGCAAACAUACAACACU